AUGUACUGGCCAAAUGGAGUCCCUCGAGUCUACGCGGUCAAUGGUCCAGGCAUUCAACUAUCGGAGGUACACGAUGAUGCAGAGGGUCAUAAUUGCAGACGGCAGGAAGACGGAGAAGAAGAUAUCCAAACAGAACAUACCAGAGAAAGAUCGAAGAGCGGGAUAAAGAGAGGGGAAACAUGGCCAAACGAACCCAUUACCGGCCUUUGCGUCUCGCGUAGUGGACACCUGUUUGCUACAAUGACGGAGACCUCUAUUGCAAUUUGGCAAACCAGACCAACAGCCGUGGUAGCUGCCGUUAAGCGCUCCGAAAUCUCGUUGAAGAACUACGGGCGGAAUGUGACUCUCCUUCUACGCCCGGAUUCUGCCAUUGUUGUUGUGCAGACUCUCCACGGAUAUUUAAUCACAUAUUCCAUUGCAACAGAUGCCAAUUCCCAUGUUUACCAACAACGAUUCUCAUCCCAGUCCCAUCCACGUCGUCAGCACUUCAGUCGUCAUUUUUCCACAGGAGAAACAGAUACUAUUCGAGAAGUCAGCAUUCGUUUUAGGGUUGCGAUUAAGGUCGAUGCUGGAAUUAGUAAAGCGUUGGCGCUCGACAAUGAACUAAUAGUAGCAACAGUGAAACCUGCAGCUAUUCAGUCAAUUCGGUGGACUCCCGAUAGUACGGGGAGUCAGACAAACACAGAGCUGUUAAGUCGGAUCCCAUUCAUUUCGAAAAAAUCUACCAUCGUGGAUAUGGUAUACGACCGUGCCAUGAACAUUUUCCUUUGGAUCACCAGCGACGGGAAAACGUAUGCUGUGCAGUUUGUCAGAGACGAAGCAGAUCAUUCAGGGGAACCCAAAAGCCGUUUCAGGGGUCAUAGAUUUCAUACCCCUGAAAAUGACGGACAUAAAGCGCUUUCUGUGGCAGUGAAUGCGAGGUUUUCGCUUCUUGCCGUGUCAUGUGCUAAUGGGGAAGUAUAUGUCUACGUAGCAAAAGAUUAUAUGGGAAAUAUCCCCCUUUCCCAUAAACUUGAACUUCCGGCGUCUCCCACUUCCAUGGGACCUAUAUCAUUUAUGAGCUAUUCCCCCGAUGGCUACUGCCUUUUCGCAGGGUAUAAAUAUGGGUGGACCACAUGGAGUGUAUUUGGCAAACCAGGCGGGACGAGUUUUACUUCUGACCGCGAGUUGGCCACCAGAAAUGGCGAGAAUUGGCUGACCGGUGUUUCCAUGGGUUCUUGGGUCGGUGGGGGCUCAUAUAUUAUCCUGACAGCACCAAGUGAUAGGCAUGUGUGGAUGCUUGAAACCGCACGCAGCUCCCUGACUGGAUGCUUCUCGUCAGCAAACUUAGUGAGGGCACUGUUACAAACGGGAACAGAGAUCAUUCUGUAUCGCGGCCAUGACCUACCGGACUUCACUACCAUAUCGGGUAAAGACUACCUUUGGCACCAUGCCCAAUACCCCCCUACGUAUCUCCAUGCGCAAUGGCCAAUUCGAUCGUGUAUUGCUUCGCAAGACGGUCGAUAUGUGGCAAUUGCCGGUCGAAGGGGACUUGCUCAUUACAGCGUCCAGAGUAGGAGAUGGAAGACAUUUGAUGAUCCGAAAACUGAAGACUCCUUUGCUGUCCAGGGAGGUAUGUGUUGGUAUGGCCAUAUUUUAAUUGUUGCCGUUGAAUGUGAUAACUCUUAUGAGCUACGACUAUAUUCCCGUGAACUUUCUCUCAACAGUUCCUCUGUGCUAUAUACAGAAAUUCUCCCUGCUCCUGCCGUAUUUAUCGGACCUUCUGGUGAGGACUCGCUUCUAGUUUACACCUACGACAACAUAUUGUAUCACUAUGUCAUAAACGCUACCCAAACGAGAAUCAGUCUCGUUCAAGUUGGCCAGAUAGCCUUUCACGGCAUCGUUAGAGCACCGACCCGCGUCCGGGCUAUUAGUUGGGUUCUUCCUGACAGUCAGCUUCGAGAUGGCGACCCUUCCCAGGAUGUUUCUGUGGCUUCAGUUCUAUUCUUGGUAGACGGAAAACUUGUGUUACUCCAGCCUUCAGUUUCAGAAACAGGCGAUUUAAAAUACGACAUGCGUAUUGUUGCUCAUGAUGCGGAGUACUAUAUUUUGAUGCGUGAUCAACUGUCUUUCAACUUUGCUCCACCUUCAGAUGAACCAGCUAUCCCCCCAGUUGAAACCCCGAAUACUGCAUCACUAGUAGAUAUCUCUUUAAGAGACUCUUUAUGGAUCUUUUGUGGUAAAGAUUUGCUUGUUUGGAGCGACGUUCAGGACGUUCUCCGACCAGUCAGGGGUUCCCCUAAUGAAACGGCGAAGCCCCUGCCAAUCCCAGUUGACUUUUACCCAUUAUCUAUACUUCUUAAUAAAGGGGUUGUACUUGGAGCGGAGCCUGAAAUGAUUCAGAGACGAGAUGUCACAUUUUCUCUCCUUCGAUUUGCAAUUAGAACACAACUAUUCCUACCAUAUCUUCUUCAACAUAACCUAUAUCAGCUUGACACAUCAGCAGCUCUUUCGCUUUGCCACCAUUACUCACAUUUGUCGUAUUUCCCUCAUGCAUUAGAAAUGCUAUUGCACCAUGUGCUGGAUGAAGAGGUAGACAAUCAGGAUCGUGAAACACAGCACAAUGACACACCCAAUCACCAGUUGCUUCCUACAGUGCUUUCCUUCUUGCAAUCUGCCAUACGAACCGAUAUUUAUCUUGAAAUCCUUGUUCAGUGUACCCGGAAAACAGAGUUUCGAUCAUGGCGUACCUUGUUCGCUCACCUUCCUCACCCAAAGGAGCUAUUCGAACAAGCACUUAAAUUAAAUUCCCUGAAGACAGCUGGUGGUUAUUUACUGGUACUUCAAUCAUUCGAUGAGCAAGAAGAUGAAGCCGCUGAUGAUAAAAUCGAAGAUUCAGUCGUACGGCUUCUAAGACUGGCUUCCCAAAGAGGCGACUGGGAACUCUGCGGAGAGCUAGCACGCUUUCUAAUCGCCCUAGACAGGUCUGGGCAAAUGCUUGAGCGAGCCAUUGUUAGAGUAGGUUUGAGGAACAGGAAUCAUCGCUCCUCACCAAGUCCUUUGAAUGGGAACACAAACUCGGGACCCAGCGGAACAUUGCGUGGGUUAGCUCUAACUCUACCUGAACAAAGUCCCACGUCACUCUCUCCAAAUAUUAUCGAAAGCCAAAGGGUCAGGAGGAAAAACAAUGCUGUUCUAUCUCCGUCCCGUACUCCAAACACUCUAUCGCCCUUGACUCUGUCACCAUCCAAGGCUGAUAAUACCGACGAUGACGGAAGCAGUGCCGGGGAGGAUUUCACAUCUUUAUCGCCAUCGCCAAAAGGCAACACCUAG